GACCGACUUUUCAAACACUUUUUUCGGCACCGGUAGAGCUUUCGCUCACCGGUGCCGGGAGCUUUCUCCUCCUCGUCGAUCUACUCUCAAAGGUUUUAUUUUCUGGUUAUCUGCAUUCUCUUGUUUCCUUCUGUUUCGGCUCUCUUCCCUCCCCUUUUAUCCAAAAAGCUUUAUGACCGCAUUACCUUCGAGCCUGCUCUUAUUUGGUACUAGUUCUCCUCUUAACCUUUUCGCGAUUCUCGUGGAUGAUCCCUCUUCUCGGCUCUCCUUGAAGUCAAGAUCAGCAUCUCCUUGUUCCUCGAUGGAUGGGAGCUCUGCCUCGACGCCGGAGCUGUGGAAGCAUCAAACCAUGGGCGAAUCAACUUCUGCAGACCGAGCUUCAUCAUCCGCAUCUUUUGAUUGGGUAGAUCUUUUCUCAGAAGCCCCCAAAUCGGUCGCCGGACAGCCCAAAUCCGUUCUGCCGCCGCCGCUUUUGGUGAGGAUGAGAAGAAGAACCUGGCUAAACCUAAUGGUGCCUCGUUUUGGGCCUAGCCCAAGUCCCUUUUGUCCUCCUUCCAGCACAUUACCCAAACUUUCGAAGCCCACGAAGACUUCCGCUGGGUUAAGCUCAUGUCAUCUAAGGCCCAGGUCUGAUUUUAAUUAUGUUUUACAAAGCCCAAAUUUUCUGAAGUUGUUAUUGUUUAGGGAGAGUAAUGAACGCUUUCCUGUGAUGGUGAUGAUGGAUUUAGCUUGGAUUAGUAGUUCUCUUUCCCAAAACCUGGUCGAUAGUUUAUCUCGUUUGGUCCGUUUGCUUCAUCGUUUGAGUCUAGUCUUGAUUCGUUUGGAGGUAAUUUCUCUUUGGAAGUGUCCUAGAGUGUUGCUGCCCGUGCCAAGUAUUAUUAAUUUCCUAUCAAGUUCCCUCCCUUUAGCACCCUCCAACUCUGUCUUGGCUGGUAAUGGACGCCACGCUAACAGAGUAAUGGUUUGUUUGGGCUGGCUUGAUAGUUACCUUUGUCGAGAUCAGAUGCUAAGUUUACUUUGGACUCUAUCCAAGACUCUCUUACCCAACCAUAUGCAAUUGGCCUUUAGAGUUAAGAAGACCGGCAUUAUGACCCUGUCUCUACGGAGUAGGUGUUACCGAAGCUUUUUCAACUCUCUACCUACCCAUUCACCAAUUAUCGAGUUCAGUCAUGUGUUAAUCUAUUGCUUGGAUAAUUUGCAAUCUUCUGGUAGGUUGGAAAAGUACGGCAUUAUGACCAUGUCUUCAAGAGGUGGUUACCGUCUCUUUUUCAACCUCGUUAACCCGUCAGCCUCCUCUGCGGAGCACCUUUCCAAAAGCUCGGAUGCAUUGUUUAUACACCAAUUGCCCAAAAGGGUGAAGAAGAACGGCAUUAUGAUCCCGUCUCUACGGAGCGGUGGUUACCGAAGCUUCUUCAACUCUCUAUCUCCGCCUCCCCUGAAAACCAAGCUCAUUCAUGUGCAAAUCAAAGAGUUCAGGUACAAUACUCAAACAUUUAAUAGCUUGAAGAAGAAUGGCAUUAUGACGCCGUCUCCGAGGAGAGGUGGUUACCAAAGCUUCUCCAACCUCUUUUACCCGACAGCCUCCUCCGUGGAGCAUUUUCUCAAAAGCUCGUUUGCGUUAUUCGCGCGAGCCGUCUAUGACCAUCCGUUGGUCGAGGAUUUCGCGAAGCCCGUCUUCAUGGUCGAAUCCGCUAUGGCCUCAAAAGAUUCUUCAAACUUUGCAAACCUUUUUAAGAUGAGCAUCAUUUUGGAAAACUCAUGGAGCCUUUAUCUUUAUUCCUAUUGCAUUUCCUUAGCUACAACUUGUAUGAACUUCCCUCUUUUGAGGUUUUAAGUGAAUGAAUGCUUGUUUGACAAAAAAAAAA